GAUAAUAUUUAUGCCUCAUAUUAAGUUACCUAAUUUUCGACUUGGUAUUUCGCCAUCAGUUAGAUCAUCUUAUAAAAUGGAUAAUUUGACUCCAUCCUAAAAAUUAGAUUUAGUGGCAGCACGUAUAUUUGGAAUUUCUUUCGGUGGUAAUUUAAGAAAUGGAAUGAAGGCAAUAAAGAAAUUAGAAACAGGAUAAAAUAGAGCUAUGUAAUAUAGUGUUCCAGUUUGGAAUCCAGCGUAAUGAUCUAUAUAUUAAGUUAAAAGACAAUGGUUUCCAUUUAUGACAUAAUGGAGGAAAUUAGAAUUUAAUAGAAAAUUAGUAGAUGGAAGAAAGAUGAGAAUAAUGAUGAGAGGUGUAAAAAUAGGUAGAUAGAAAGGAGGUGAAAAAAUCUCAAUUCUUAAUAUUUAUGAACGCAAAAAAGCAAGCAUGGAGUGAUU